UGUUCGCUCCUCGGUGUCGCGUUGAGAUUUUCUGUUUCUGAACGAACUUGACCCUGACCAGGCGAUUUUGUGUGUGUGUGUGUGUGUGUGUGUCGUUGCAAACCGUGCAAAAACUGGAUAACAUCUGGCAGUUGUGUGCAACCAGAUCAGCGCUGCAGGCAAGCAAAAGGAAUGGACUAGUUAUUUUUAAAGGGAGUUAAUCCAUCAGCUUUCCAGCCGUUUGGAGUCGGUACAUCUCGCAUCAGCGUGAAUAGCACUAUGACUGAUGGGGACUAUGAUUAUCUGAUCAAGCUCCUGGCUCUUGGAGACUCAGGAGUUGGUAAGACCACGUUUCUGUACAGAUACACAGAGAAUAAGUUCAACCCCAAGUUUGUUACUACAGUGGGAAUUGAUUUUCGAGAAAAGAGACUGGAGCACCAUGUUGGAGGAGUGAAUGGUAAAACAGACAAACCUUUUAGAAUCCAUCUCCAACUAUGGGAUACAGCGGGGCAGGAAAGGUUUCGAAGCCUCACCACAGCCUUUUUCAGAGAUGCCAUGGGAUUUUUAUUAAUCUUUGAUCUAACGAGUCAACAGAGUUUUCUGAAUGUGAGAAACUGGAUAAGCCAACUUCAAGCAAAUGCAUAUUGUGAAAAUCCUGAUGUGGUUUUAAUUGGAAAUAAGGUGGAUUUGUCCGAUCAGAGAGAGGUACAGGAGUAUCAAGCCAAAGAACUAGCAGAAAAAUACGGAAUUCCCUACUUUGAAACGAGUGCUGCCACUGGAGCUGGCAUUGAUCAAGCUAUAAUCGCAUUGCUGGACUUAAUAAUGAAACGCAUGGAUCAGUGUGUCGACAAGAGUCAAAUACCUGAUUCAGUCAAUGGAGGAUCUGCCCAAAAACUUGAACCUGCUGACCCAAAUGAGAAAAAGUGUGCCUGCUAGAAACAACUUCAUCAAAGCUAGAAAGAUCUUUUGCAUGUGCAAAUGUUUUCUCUCGAAGGUUUAUUUUCCUAUAUCAUUGUAUUUUCUUUUUUAUAACUUUCUUCCGGCCAUCUUCAGCGGUAGCUUAUUAUUGUAGAUGGAACUGUUGGGUGUUGCCAUCUGGGAGUUGAUAAAUGUCAGUUAGAAAAUUUGACUUGUGGAUAUGUACCUCAAUAAAGUGUAUAAUUGCCCAGCCAAAUUAACAGCACUUAUGCUACUUCUGGUGAACAAUUGAUGCUGCCUACUGGUUACAUAAAAAGUAAACAAAACAGUGUUCUCUCUUAUUGAAAAUUAACUUAUCCAUCGAAAAUAAGGCCAACAUAUUGCAAAACGUAAUAGCUAACUGACCCCAUGGAGUAACUAAUGUUGGGCAGUCUACAGCCCGGAGGACUCAACAUUGAGUUCUCCAAUUUCAAAUAACCUCCCUUCCCAGCCCCUCCCCCUCCCUUUCACCCCUCCAUGCCACCAACCGGAUUUAUUUCUCCCAUUGGCCGACCAGGUCGUACCCUCUAUCUGCCUUCACCUAUCCCCACCUCACUGUCCUGCCCCACAACCCCCUUUAUCUGCGGGUCCUCCCACACCAAACCCCAGUCCUGAAGAAGGGUUACACCUGAAAUGUCAACUCCUCCACCUCCUGAUGCUGCCUGGCUUGCUGUGUUCUUCCAGCCUCCUGCCUGUCUCCUUUGGAUUCCAGCAUCUGCAGUUUUCUUUUGGUCUCAUAAAAGAACAUUUGCAAUCUUAAUUAAAUAUUUUGACUUCCUUUGAAGAGACCCAUCCCUUUUUGGUAAAAUGCUUUUGAAGAACGAUCUUAGUUUGUUUUCAUCCAUCCCCAAACUUCUGUUGACAAAAACUUCAGUAUUCAUUCAUUCAUUCCCCCACGUUGAGAAGAUGAUAAAGUUUGCAGCUUGAUUAAUAGUCUUGCACCUUGGUGUUUAUGUACUGAAAGCAACAAUAUAAAACAUUUCUAAGUCUUUCCUUUCAA